UGUACGUGCUAGCUCAUCAUAAUUAUUGAAUCUUCAAAAUCAUAUAUUCCUUUUUAUUUUAUUUUUUUCUCUCAAUAAUGGAUCCUUUGUUUAUCACUAUCGCCGUAGUGGUUGUAGCUACACUCUUUUUAGUCACUAAAAGUUACCUCAGUCGCAAGAACCUUCCACCAACUAUAUUCCCAACCCUCCCCAUAAUCGGUCACCUUCAUCUCAUGAACAAACCCCUCUACAGAACCUACGCCGAACUAACAAAUAAACAUGGUCCGAUCCUCCUCCUUAGUUUCGGGUCACGUCGAGUCCUCUUACUCGCCGACCCUAAAUUAACCGAAGAAUGCUUCACCAAGCAAAACGACAUCAUUUUCGCUAACCGUCCAAAUCUACUCUUUGGUAAGAUCCUUGGAGAUAACUUUACUAACAUGGCUUGGUCUCCUUAUGGCGAACACUUUCUCAACCUCCGAAAAAUCUCUAGUACCGAGUUUUUCUCCUCUCAUAGAAUAAAUGAGUUUUAUAACGUACGUGCGCAAGAAGGAAAAAUUAUGUUAACUAGUCUUGCGUCCAAAUGUUCUACCUCUUCGGAAGUGAACUUAUCUUCGGUAAUCAAUGACUUUGCUACGAACAAUCUGAUGAUGUCGGUAUCAGGGAAAAGGUUUUCAGGGGAAGAUGAAGCGUUAGGGAAACAGUUUCAAGAGAUCGUUAAGGAGACGUUUGAGUUAGGGCUGUCGACGAAUUUAGCAGAUUAUAUUCCCUUCAUGAGACGGUUUGGAUCGACUAAAGAAUUGGAGAAGAAGAUGCAUGCAUGUGUGGAAAAAAGAGAUACCUUCUUUCAUGCUUUGAUUGAUCAAGUUAGACAAGGGAAAGGGGUUUUAACUGACAAGUGGAUUACCAUGAUUGGGGUGUUUUUAAAGCUACAACAACAGGACCCCCAGCACUAUACUGAUGACCUUAUUACAGCCGUUUUGCUGAAUAUCUUAGCAGCUGGAAUUGAAAAAUGUACUUCAAUUACGGUAUGGGCCCUAGCGUUGAUGCUUAACAACCCACAUGUUCUCAAGAAAGCACACGAAGAAAUCGACAAUAUUGUGGGCACUGACCGUCUUGUUGAAGAAUCAGACUUAAGCAAGUUACCUUACCUUCGUUGUAUCGUGAACGAGACGAUGCGAUUGUACCCUGCAGUCCCGACGCUAUUGCCUCACGAGAAUUCGGAGGAUUGUGUAGUGGGAGGCUAUCACAUCCCAAAAGGGGCUAUGCUGAUGGUCAAUCAAUGGGCGGUACAACAUGACCCAAAGUUGUGGAGUGACCCACAAAGUUUUAAACCGGAAAGGUUUGAAGGGCCAGAAAGCACAACACCACCCAAGCUUAAGUACAUGCCAUUUGGGUCUGGAGUAAGGAUGUGUCCAGGAUAUGGAUUGGGUAUCCCUUUGAUUGGGCUGGGGUUAAGUUUGCUUAUACAAUGUUUUGAUUUUGAAAGAAUUGGUAAAGACUUGGUUGAUAUGACGGAAGGUGGAGGACUCGUGAUGAUUAAAGGUCAGCCUUUGAUAGCCAAGUGUACACCACGUCCAAAAACACAGAAGCUAAUAUCUCAGGCUUGAUCAUGUCCGUGAGAAAUCUUCUCGAGCUCAAGAGUUAUGGCUUAAGGGCUUUAAUCAAAACAAGAGAGGAGUUCCGGUUAAUUUGGAAUAUGUAAUAAGCGAACUACCUUCAUUUAGCUUUUAUUUAUUUGCAGUUUGAAUGUGUACUUUAUAUGUAAAACUUCAGUUGUGUUAUACUGUAGUUUGUUAGCUAAGUUAUUAAGAAGAGUUGAUUGUGAAAUA